AUGAUCAACAAACAACAAUUAUUAUUGACAUUAUCAUUUAUUAUUUUAAAUAUUUCAUUAAUAUCCUCCUCAUGUAUUGAUCUUAGAAGCAAAGUUCAAUGUUCUGGUAGUAUCGGUCAAUUUUGUGGAACGAUACCAGAUACAAAUAUAGAAUCACUAUGUUCAACUGGAUUAUUUUGUAAUCCAUUUUAUGGUGAAUGUCAACCACAAUCUGAAAAGGGUGGACCUUGUAUCUAUGACAAACAAUGUAAGGGGAUUAGUACCUGUAGAUAUGGUGUCUGCUCAGAGAUGAUCUACGGUCAACUAGGUCAAUCCUGUCAACAAGACCAUGAAUGUGGUAGUGGACUAGACUGCAUGUACAAUGUUUGUGCCAACCCCUCAUCAAAAUGUUCAUCAGACAUUCAAUGUUCAUUCAAUCAAUUCUGUAGUUCCGUCACCUCCACAUGUUCCAAUCGUGUUGGUCUAGGUGAAACUUGUUCAGACGACACACAAAAAUGUCAAUCCAAUGCUAUUUGUCAACUUCAACAUGACGGUCAAUCUAGUAUCUGUGUAGCUCCAUUCUCUGUUGGUCUAGGUGGUGCUUGUUCAACAUCAUCCGUUGACUUUGGAGUAUGUGAUCAUACUAAAGGACUGUUGUGUAAUACUACCAGUAACACUUGUGAAUCUGUUCAAGACGCUGCCUCCUUUAUGACUUCAACUCCACCAACUGUUAAUUGUAACCUUGAGACUGGGUCGGGAUGCAAGGUUGGUGAAUCAUGUUUGUGUAGUGGUAAUGGUCAAGGCAGAUGUUUCUCACAGGGUCAAGUCACCACCACUGCAUGUGGCGAUGCCAGUGUAGCAUUCUACAACUGUAUGAACCAAAACCAGUGCAACUCACUCGUAGAAUUCACAGAGUCAUCGUGUGCCAUCAAAAACUGUGGUACUCUAUACUGUCAAAAACAAAAGUCUUGUUUUUCUCUAUCGUCCACCAUCUAUAAAUCAAUCGUUCCAUCUUGUAGUUCUGGUGUUGCUAUGGUUCAUACUAUUUGUGAUAUGAUAAACUAA